AUGGCGAGGCCGGACGAUUCCUCGGCCCCAAAACGCCCUCGCUCGAAGGCAAGUUCGCAAGGGAGACGCAACAGUCGAGACCAACAUCAAGAUGACGACGUAGUUGUCAAUGAUGAGACACCACUUCUCAAAGCCAGUCAUUCCAAUAUGGCCGUUCCCUCGUAUCAGACUCCCGACUUGAGUCUCGUGGCUGAGACAGAAGCCCCCCAACAACCAGUGUCUUGGAUGUCAAUGCCCAAGAAGUGGCAGCUGGGCAUGGUCGUCUUUGCCCGCCUAGCCGAACCGCUGGCUGAGCGGUCACUUACAUCGUACCUCUUCUAUCAGUUGAAGUUUCUCAGUCCAUCUCUACCUGUUGGAUUACGAGGCAGAAAAGGGGCCCUAUUAAGUAGUUAG